AUGUUCGGAAAUACUAGUGCAUUUGGAUCAAGUGGGUUUGGAAAUAAAAGUUCAGCGGGAGCAUUUGGUAAUCAAUCAAACCCAUUUGCCACAAACUCAUCAAGUUCAGGAUUUGGAAGCAGUGGAUUUGGAUCAUCUGGAUUUAAUACCAAUAACACUAACAAUCCAUCAUCAUCGUCAUCACAAUCAUCAGGAUUUGGAAGUUCGGGAUUUGGAAAUCCUAAUAAUACAUCUAGUGCAUUUGGAUCAACUGGAUUUGGUAGUUCUAAUACAACUUCAGCAUUUGGUUCUUCAGGAUUUGGAAGUAGUGGGUUUGGAAAUAAACCAGCAGCUUCAACUACAGGAAGUGCGUUUGGUUCCAGCGGGUUUGGAACAGCAAAUAAACCAACAGCAGCAGCAGCAACAACAACGUCAAGUGGAUUUGGUCUGUCAGGAUUUGGGUCAACAGGGUUCCUGCUGUCAGCAAACAAUAAUGCCAAUUCUCUGCCUUUUGGUUCAUUAGUAAAUAAGAAUACUUCAUCUGGGUUUGGAAGUACUGGUUUCGGUUCAUCAUCAUCAAGUAACCAACCGUCUGCAUUUGGUACAACUACGAAUUCGAACCCAAGUCCAUUUGGUCAAGCCUCCACUACAACAACAUCUGCAUUUGGAGGGAGUGGUGGUACAGGUUCAGCCUUUGGAACAUCUGCUAAUAAUUCCAAUCCAUUUGGUCAAUCAAAUACGUCAGCUUUUGGAUCUAAUCAAGCUCAAGCAUCACCAUUUGGUUCCACUCAAGCGACUGCAUCACCAUUUGGCUCUACCCAAACAACAUCUGCUUUUGGAAAUACGAACAAUACGCAGCCAUCUGCAAUUGGCAGUACUACAACUACAUCUUCUCCGUUUGGUGCAACUAAUGCAGCAUCUGCUUUUAACAGUGCUUCUAAUUCAACCAGUUCUGCAUUCGGUGGUGGUUCGUCUAGUCAAUCCAAUGCUUCUCCAUUUGGUCAACCUUCACAAACUACUCCUUCAUUUUCAUUUACAUCAGCACAACAAAAUCCACCUGCUCAAUCUAACAAUAACACUUCUACAGUCUCUUCUGAAGAUCUUGAAAAUUUCCCACCAGAAAUACUAGAGGCAUUCAAGUCCAAUAUGUUUAGCCUUGGGAAUAUUCCUGAUAUUCCACCACCACCUGCAUUAUGUAAUUAG